AUGUCGGUAGAUAAUCCAACUGGACUACAUAACUAUCCUGUCACAAAGACAUGUAUGAUCCUGACGGCAGUGGUACCAUUCUUGAUGGCAGUGACAAAUGACAAAUAUAUAUUUUUGGCCCAAUACGAUCCAUUCAUCAACCAAUAUCAUCAAUAUUAUAGAUUCUUGAUAUACCAGUUUUGUGCGGUGAAUGAAAGUGAUGUAAUGCUUUUGUUAUUACUCUGGUACUACUAUCGUCACAUAGAAAGAUUAUUUGGAUCAUAUAAAUAUAUUAAUGUGAUAUUAUUGACCAUAAUUUAUACCACAGGGAUUUUAUCUUUACUUAAUAUUGCUGUCAAUAUCUUAUUUCCUACUAUGAUAUGGAACAAACUUGCUACAGGAACCCUCCCUACAGUACUAGCAUUGUUCCAUUUCUAUAAACAAUAUACACCACAAUUAUAUGAAGUCAAUUUAAGUCUAUCAAGACCAUGGUCAGGGAAGAGUUCAAAUGGCAGUUUUAGAUGGACUAUAAACAACCAAGUGUUUUUAAAUAUUACUAUUGCACUAUUGAUACUGAAUCAAGGUCUAACAGGUAUAUGCUGUGGUUUAAUAAGUUGGAUAAUAGGUAUAUUCAUGGAAAAGGGAUUAUUACCAGGUGUUGAUAACUGGAGAAUACCAUUUUUACGUCAUAUUUCACAUUUAGAUACUCCAUUAAGUGGGGGUAGCCACUAUAGAAUGGCACAUGCACAACAACAGACAACUGAAAUCGAUGCCUUAAAUGAUAUACAGGCUGGAAAUAUACAUCCCGAUGACGAAGCACCGGAUGAACCAGAACGUUCGUUAGGAGUCCAAUUCCUAGAUACUUUUAGAAGAUAG